AACAAAAACUGCAACAUUUCCUACAUCAGUGAUUACUUGCCCGAUUUAUAUUUGAUUUCUGUUUCUCUAAAAUAUUUAUGAUCCGAACCAUUUUUCACCAUUUUCUCUGCAAAUCUUGUUUUUCACUUUUAACGUAAAGAUCCCAGCCUCUUUACCGUUGCUGAUUCCAAUCUUGUUGUUAAUCACGCUUAGAGAUAUUCAGCUAUCCUAUCUGGAUUCCUUUGUAUGAAUUUAAGAGCCAGUUUAAUCUUCUAACUUAAAAAAAUGGGAGGUGUGCUUGAUAAGGAUGGAACUCCCGAGGCUUCAGCCCCGAAGACAAAGGUUGAGGCCAAAAUUAUUGAGGCAGUGCAAAGAAGAGAAGUUCUUGGGAGUUCUAUGACAGCAUUUAACAGCAUUAUCUUAAAAUUCCCAAAGAUUGAUGAGAGCUUUAGGAAGUGUAGAUCAACAUUCGAAGAAUUUGAUGAGGAUGGAAAUGGUUCAAUAGAUCCACAGGAGCUGAAAAACUGUUUCCACAAACUACAGAUCAACUUCACUGAUGAGGAGAUUGAUGACCUCUUUGAGGAAUGUGAUAUAAAUGAUGACAUGAGAAUAACAUUCAACGAAUUUAUUGUUCUCCUUUGCCUCGUCUACCUUCUGCAGAAAGAUCCUGCUGCUGAGAACUGUAAAUCUCAGAUUGGAGUGCAAAAUCUCAAAGGUACUUUUGAAACAUUAGUAGAUGCGUUCGUGUUUUUAGAUAAGAACAAGGAUGGAUAUGUGAGCAAAAAUGAGAUGGUUGAGGCCAUUAAUGAAACUACUGCAGGAGAACGGUCUUCUGGGAGGAUAGCCAUGAAGAGGUUUGAGGAGAUGGAUUGGGACAAGAAUGGAAUGGUAAACUACAAGGAGUUUCUUUUUGCUUUCACGCGUUGGGUUGGCAUCGAAGACAACGACGAUGAAGCUGACAAACAAGACACUGACAAAGACGAUGAAGAUGUUUGAUCUAAUUUUAUUUUUUUUACUUUUAUAAAUAUAAUUUGUUCGUGCAAAUCUUACUAUUCGAUUUCAACGUUGCUUCUGUCAAAUAUUUGCUUACAUUCGUUGUUUAUCUUAACUUUCUUUUGUUUUGUGCU